AUGGGGAGGUGGCGGUCGGGCUCGGGCUCCGGCGCUCGCGGAUGCGCGGGCUUAGCUCUCUUGCUGAUCCUCGCGGCACUCACGGGGGGCGCGGGCGGUGUCCUGGACGCGGAGGCGCGUCUCGACGGCGUCGCGCGCGUCCCGGUUCCCUCGGACGGCACCCGUCGUCAACUCCUCCGCUCUCGCGCGCUCGCGCAGGUUGACGACGUGCCCUCGGCGUUCACCACCUGGGGACCGCUGGGCGCGUUCGUUCCCGUCGGCGAGACCGUGACGUUCGAGAUUCACGCCAGGGCAAAGGACGGGACCGCGCUGGAGUCUUUCGACGACCCGAGCGCGUUCACCGUCGCGUUCCACGGCGCGCCCGGCGCGGUGCUGAAAUCAUCCGUGGAGCGAGUCGGGGGCGGGGUGUUCAACGCGUCGUUCGUGCCAGCCGUCGCCGGCGAGCUCACCGUCACGCUGCGAGUGUUGGGCGAGGUUGUUCAAACGUCGCCGUCGCAGCCCAACCCGGCGACGGUGACGGCGCGAAUCCUACCGACCGACCCGGGGGCGUAUUUCGAGCUUCGAGGAGAGGCGCAUCGCUCCGCGGCGGGCGAAGCCGCGAGGUUCCGGGUGCAGCGGACGUUAGGGUUUGGGUCAACGCCUUCGUCGUUAACGUCGUCGUCGUCGUCAUUAUGGGACGAUCCGACGUUCAGGUUCGAGAUCGCAGUGGCGGCUUCGGAGGGACCGUGUUCGGCAGACGUCGCCGCCGCCGGGGCUUGCGAGUCGGCGCCGGCGAACGGCUCCGCGCUGUCGCUGCAAACCCCGCACUCGUUCCUUCCCUCGUCCGGGACGUGGAUCUAUCGCGUCGGGGGCGAUCACCUGCGACGGGCGGGCGCGUACGAGGUUUCGGUGAGCACGUACCGGUCGAGCGAUAUGAGCUGGCGGCCCGUGCGGUUUUCCCCGUUUGUUUUCAACGUCGAGGCCAACAAGGCGAGCGUCAACGCGUCCUCCGUGGGGGCGCCGACGAGCCUAUCCGCGCCCGCGGGCGACGCCGUGGCGGUCCCGGUGACCGUCCUCGACGUGCACGGCAACGUACGAGCGCCCGCGCGCGGUGAGCUCGCCGUGAGUUUCGUGUCCUCGCCGGACGGCGCCGUCACGCCGGGAAUCGUCUCCACGGACAACAGCACCGGCUUAACCUUCGCGACGGCGUCGCUGACCCGCGCGGACCGCACGCACCUCGUCGAGGCGCGCCUCGACGGCGCGCUCGUCCCGGGUUCCCGCUCGAUCGCGCUCGUCACCGUCGCGGGCAGCGCGCACCCGCCGUCGAGUCGCAUCUCCGGCGCCGGCGUUCAUUCCGGCGGAGUUUCCGGCGAGUCGCGAGAGGUGUACGUUGACAUACGCGACCGAUACGGUAACCCGAUCGUCGACGCAUCGGGGAUCGCCGCGUCGGGGUUGAGCGCGACGGUGACGGUGCGUGUGCGGGUACCGGCGAACGCGACGCGGGACAACGACGGGGGAUACGUUCCGAUCGGUGGCGAGGGGUCGCUAGAGGGCGUCGCGAUGACGUUCGCGGAUGGGAAAUUCGCCGCCGGGUACGUGGGAGACGUCCCCGGGGCGUACGGCGUCUACGUCAACGUCACAGCCACCGACGGUGACCCUGGCGACGGUUCGUCUUCCGAUAGGGCGUGCCUGUUCAAGUUCCUCGGGCUCGAGCUCCUUCCCCGACGCGCCAACGCGAGCACGACGGAGUUGAUCUCGGCGGAUCUCUCGCUCGCCGCGGGCGACGCGGGCUCGGUUCGUCUGCGCCUGAGGGACUCGGCCAACGACACCGUGGGUGCGUCGAACGUAGGGGACGUCGUCGCGGUGACCCUGACGCACGCGAGCGACGGCGACGCGGUGCUCGGCACCCACGUCGGCACCCACGUCGGCACCCACGUCGGCACCCACGUCGGCACCCACGUCGGCUGGGGCGUCACGCGGGUCGCGUCGACGGAUGACACCGAGACUGCGUUUUCGUACGCCCCGACGCUCGCGGGAAACUACACCCUCGACGUGAGGGUCAACGGCGAGCGCGUGGCGUGGGGGACGAACAGUUCGUCGUCGUCGUCGCGCGUGGUGGUGGUGCGACACGGUCGGGCUUCGGCGCUCGCGUCGGUGGUUUCCGGCGGGGGGACUCGGGUGGGCGCGGCGGGGCUAUCCGCGAUUUUCUCUCUCUCCACUCGCGACGCGCACGGAAACGUCCGCACGGACUCGGACGGCGACGACCUGGCCUUCGCCGCGUCGCAGCGAUCGGAAGGUCACGGGUUCGAUACCGCGUACGACCGAACGAGCGGACCCGCGGACGCGCACCUCACCGCCGCGGUCGCCCCCUUUGACGUAAUCGCGGGGGCGUACUCGCUGAGCUAUUUCACGGAGAUCGCCGCGGACGUCACCGGUGUCGUCACCUUGGGCGGCGUCGGGGUACCCGGCGCGUCGCCGUUCGUGGCGAAAAUCAGGCACGGCGCCGUGGAUCCGUCGAGGGUGACGGUGGUUGGCGAGGGGCUCGACGGCGCCGUCAGAGGCGGGGGCGUCGCGACGAUUCGUAUCCUCGCGAAGGACGCCUUCGGCAACGCGAUUCCCUAUACAUCGGUUGGUGGAGGUCGGUACAGGAUCGCGGUCGAGCCCCGGUCGCUCGUGACCGUCACCCAGCCGUCGCCCGCGUAUCCCCGCGUAUCGGGGGAGGGUUCGGGUUCGGGUUCGACGGUGACAGACCGUUACGCCGACCGUUACGCCGCCGAGGGCGGGUACGUUGUUUCAAACGCCGCCGAGUUUGCGAGCGUGCGGAUCGUCGUCACGUUGGGCGACGCCGUCCUCGCCGACCGGCGCGCGAAGGUGGUCGAACCCUCGGGACGGUCGUACUCGCCGGCGACGUCCGUCGCGCACGGCGACGGCCUCACUCCGGCGGGAGUCGCGGGUGAGAACAGGACGUUUUUUCUGACGCCGCGCGACGAGGACGGCGUGGCGCUGACGUCGCGAGAUCUCACCCCGCCCGCCGCCGCGUUCCGGACACUCGUGACGAAAUCGGGCGACGUCGAGUCGUCGUCGUCGUCGUUCGAAGCGAAGGUUGUCGAGGGUUCGGACCCGAACGACGGCUCGCCUUUCCUCGAGGUGACCUACUCCGCGACGGGCGCGGGCGUGUACGACGUCGCCGUGGAUGGGUGCGAGUGGAAUUUCACAUCGAGCGCGUGCGACGGGCCUUUCCGGGCUUUAGUCGUUCGACCGAACGAUUUCGUCCCGCCCGUCGCUCAGCCGGUCCGCGUCACGAUUCGCCCCGGUCCGUCCGACGCCGCGGGGUCGGUCGCGACGCUCCGGUCGACGUCCGCGGUCGUCGGACAGAACGUCGACGUCGAGCUUCGAGCCUUCGACGUACACGGUAACCCCGCGAGGUACGACGACCGCUUCUACACGGGCGACGAGUGGUCCGUCGCCGCGACGCUGCGACCGGGGAGCGACGAAGGGGCGCAAGGUAGCGGCGGCGGCGGCGAGCCCUUCACGAUUCGCGCCACCGUGGCGCCCGCGGUUAACGGCGCGACCGGGUCCUCCCUCGAUAUCUACGUCGCGUCCUUCGCGACGACUCGAGCGGGUACGUACGACGUCGUCGCCUCGCUCCUCACUCGCGACUCGGUAAAUACGGACGCCGGGGGAACGAAGGGAGGAACGUUUCGAUCGGUUCGGUUCGAGAACGGCGCGAGCGCCGUGACGGUGGCGCCGGGCGCCUUGGACGUUUCGAUGUCCCGAGUGGACGCCGCGGACGUUUCCAUCGGCGGCGCCGUCGGCGACGUCGUCUACUUCACGGUGUAUCCGACGGACGCGCACGGCAAUUUGGUCUCGGCCGCGGACGCAGCCGCGAUCGUCUGCGCCGCCACCGCCGUGAACGUCGACGACGGCUCCGUCGUCGCGGCGCCCGCCGUCCAAGGGGCCUCCGCCCUCCCGCCCGACGCCGCGGCGACGCGAUGUUACAAACCCGAAACGAAAACGAACGAUCCAUCGGGUCGUCAAGGUCGUCUCGUCGUCGAGUAUAGGGUCGUCGUCGCGGGAACCUACGCCAUCUCGGUGGAGCUCAACGGCGAACGGAUUCAACCGGCGGGUUCAAUCAUGAGCCCACACAGAGCGCACUUUCGACACGCGGAACCCGCCGCGAGCCGGUGUUUCAUGUCCGAUCAGGGCACGCUCGGGACGGUUUCCGUCGCCGGGAAUCCCGACGGGGUCUGGUUCGAGCUCACCGCGCGCGACGCCUUCGAUAACGUCGCGACGGACUCGAACGACCUCGUCUUUGACGUGCACGCGUUACCCUCGGAUGGGUCGGUUCCGACGCCGGGAAUCCCGGGGACGUCGAUACCCCUCGGCGGGGGAAGGUACCGGCUUAAAUUCGUCGUGCCCCGCGGGGGAACGUACUCCGUACACGUUCGACUCGGCGACGCCGUCGUCGGGCACGGGGAUUUCCCGUUACGGGGGUUGACGUUCGCGGCGCCGCCCGUGGAUCCAAACAGUUCGUACGCGGCUGGCGCCGGUUUGUCCGUCGCCGUCGCGGGCGAGACUUCUUCGUUCACGGUGCAGCUGAGGGACGCGAACGGCGAGGCGGCGUCGUUGGGCGCCGGCGAGAGUUUGUUUGCGCGGGUGGACCUCCCGCCCGGUUCCACGGGGCUUCGCGCCCCGGACAGCCUCUCGCGGGUCGAGGCGAGCGACCGGGUCGGCGCGUGGAUCGUUACCUACGUCGCGUACGGGGUUCUAUCCGUCGUUGGGGAGAGGUACUCGAUCAUCGUCGGGGUGGAGAGCGCGGGCGGGGGGAUCGUGCGAGAGAUAUCGGGAUCGCCGUUCGCGAUGACCGUGGUGGCCGGUGACGUGGACGCGGCGAACACCUUCGCGCGGCCCAACGCUGUUCUCGGCGCCUACCGAAGCUCCGCGGAUGUUUGGGGAACGUUCGACGUCGUCGCGCGGGACGCUCACAACAAUUCCGUCCACCUCGGCGAUUCCGGCGGCGGCUACCGCGGGCUCGGGAGCUGGAUCGUCGAGAUGGACGGCGAGACGCGGUGGUACGUCAGGAACGGCGGCGCGGGCGUCGUCUCGCCCGUGUUUAACGUCACCGCCGCGGGGACGUACUCGGUCACGGUGCGACACGACGGCGUCGCGAUCGGUCCGGGCGGGAGCCCCGUGACGUACACGGUGGUUCCGGGCGCGUUGGACCACGCCGCCGCCGUCGUCGCCGGCGAUGGAAUCGACGGCAACGUCACGGUCAGUGCCGUGGUGACGCACUCGUUCACGCUCAAAGAGUCUGACUCGUUCGGUAACGCGAUAACCUCUCCGACGGGCGCGUCGGCGUCCAAAAUCGCCGAGGGACUUAACAUGACCGUUCGCAGCGCUCGAUGGCCUCGGUCCCCGUCUUACGUCGCGUCGAGCGUCGACCCGACCGUGGCGUUCGACUCGACGAACGAGGUGUACGUGGUGUCGUUCCGAACGACCGUGUCGGGAGCGUUGACGACGCGACUCGAGAUUGGCGGAUUUUUAGUGCGGGGGUCGCCGUUUGAGACGACCGUCUUUCCCGGUCCGCCGGAGCCGUCCAGAUGCGUCGCGAGCGGCCCGGGCCUUUCUGGAGCCGUCGCCGGAGAGUGGCAGGUCGUCGAAGUGGACGCGCGCGACGCCUUUGACAACAGGAUCGACACCGGCGAGCUCGGUCUCUUCGGGAUGUACGUCAAGAGAUCCGACGGCGGAUUCUCGUGGACCCCGGCGGGGGACGCGUCGCCAAAUUACGCCGAUACCCCCGUCGAUCCGGACGUUCAGGUCGAGCCCUUCCUGUGGGACGUCGCACGAGCCGCGUACGUCGGAAGGUACAAGUCGACGACGUGGACGGGAUCGGGGUACGACCUCGACGUCGCGGUGGUCUCUCUCGCGUCGGGCGCGACACAGCUGGCGGACAUCGGCGCCGGCCGGAGGACCAUUCGCGUGAAGGGUUCGCCCGGCUCCGUCGACGCCGCCGCCUCGUCGGCGUUCGGUUCCGGUCUCUCGGGCGGCGUCGCGGGGUCCACGCUCGCGUUCACGGUGACGCUCGCGGAUUCUGACGGCGUGAAGGUGCCGCAGACGGACGCGACGCAGCAGCCGGCGGCGGCGACGCGGCUGGCGGCGUGCCGGAAAACCUCCUCCGACGACGACUGCGAACCGGUCGCCGUGCCCGCGGAGUGGGGAUUUUCGUGCGCCGUCAUCGACGUCGGGUCCCUGGACGCGGGAUCGCUGUCGUGCACGCACGCGCCGACGACCGCCGGCGUGUACAGGUUCCGUUUGUCCGUGUCGUCGCUCGGGACGUUGGGUAUCGGCGGCGAGGGCGCGUUUGCGAUUCGAUCCGGCGCGUCUGACGGCGUUCAGACGGCGCUCCGGGUGGGUGGGACAGACGUCGAGGCGCCCUUCGACGGGGGCGUCGUGAACAUCCCGGACGCCUACGUCGCGGGGACGGCCGUGACGUUCACGGUCGUUCCCAAGGACGCGUACGGAAAUCCGCAGGAUUACUCGCUCGCCCCUUUCGACUCGUUCAGGGCCGAGGCGACGAACGCGCCGGCGGAGUUUGCGAUCGGCGGCGAGUUUGCCGCGGUGGAGGUUGACCCGCCGUCGGCCAAGGACGCCGCCGCGGGUUUCGUGCCCGCGUACUCGCGCGUCGUCGCGUUCACCCCGACCGUGAGCGGCGCGUACGAGGUGGACUUGAUCUUCUCCAACGGCAGGUCGAGUGGGGAGGCGAAGAUUUCCGUGACGUUCGUCGUGGAGGCUUCGGCGUUGGACGCGAGGGGCGCCGUCGUCUCCGGCGACGGCGUCAACCGCGGCCGCGUGUUUCGACCGCAAACGUUCAGCGUCCUGAUGCACGACGCGUACGGUAACCCCGUCGCGGCGGAGAGGCCGGGUGUCGCGAUCGCGGCUGUCUUCACCUCCGCGGAUGACCCGGCGGCUUCUUUCACCGCCGCCGUCGCCUGGAACACCAAACUCGGAAGGUACAACGCGGAGUACUCGGCCGAAAUCCCGGGACUUUACUACGCCAACCUGACCCUCGACGCGGGCGACGGCCGGGGUCCCAACGCGCUGGCUCUGCCCUCCUCGUACGCGGGCACCGUCAUCGAGGCUGAAUCGGUGGAGACGCAAAAGUGCGAGGUUUCCGGCGCGGGCGUCGGGUCGGAUCCGAUCGGCGCCGGGACGCCCGCGUCGUUCACGGUUCGCGCCCGCGACAAGUACGGGUCUCGGAUCACUCGGGGCGGCGCCGUGUUCCACGCGUUGGCUCGCGGCCGCAACGGCACGUCCACAGAGGGAACGAUGGUGCGACUCGACUCGCUCGUCGACGAGGGCGACGGAACGUACACGGCUACGUACACGCCGACAAAGGCGGGCGACUACUCGCUCUCGGUUCGCCGCGCCGGCGAGGAGCUCACGGCGGCGGGCUCCCCGUUCAACGUGACCGUGGUUCCCGGCGCCACGUCGGCGUCAAAGUCGAAGGCGUACGGCGACGGAUUGUGCACAGCUGUGUCCGCCGGGAGACUCGCGACGUUUCGCGUGCAAGCGUACGACGCGUUUGGUAACAAAAAGACCGACUCGCACGACGAGUUUCGAUUCUCGGUCCGGGGCGUCGAUCACCCGACGCCGAUGACGGCGGUGGGGGGCGGCGUAUACGAGGGAUCCUACGUCGUCGACAGAUCCGGGCCCCUCGUCGUGUCCGUCAGCUACCGCGGCGAGUUCGUCGGCGGCGGCAAGGGCGAGUCUGUCGGCGAGGGCUGCGCCGUCCUCUCGGGACCGCCCGUAUCGUUCGAGGUACGCGGGCCGGGUACCGCCGACGGCGACGUCGUUCGAGCCGGCGAGACGCACGCGGUGACCGCGAACGCCUACGACGAGAGCGGCGAUCCCGCGACGUUCGCCGACGACGACGCGUUCAACCUGACGGUGUUUGUCGACGGCGUUUUCGAAUCGACGCGAGCGUUCGAGCGCUCGUCCGGGAGCGCUCGAAUGCGCGCCACGUACGCGCUUUUAAACGCGACGUCGAACGCGUCGAUCCACCUCGCGCUCACCCCGGCGGAUAACGCGACGAGACUCUUGUUCGAGACUCCCGGUUCGGGAUCGCGGGUAUCGCCCGGCGCCGCGAACACCGCCGCCACGCGUCCGUUUCUGGACGCCCUCGAGGCGCGCACCGACUUAAUCGCCGGCCAGCCCGCCUGGUUCACCGUCGCCGUCAAGGACGCGCCCGGUAACGUGCGAUUCGUGGAGCGCGAUCUCGCGGGCGGCGUCGGAACGUGGGGCUCGCUCACGGUGACGCAAAUCGACGCAAACGCGAACCCUCGCGGGCCCAGGGCUGUCAUCUUCCGCGGCGUCGACGCCGUCAUGGACAACGUCACCGGCGCGCACAACGUGUCGUUCACGCCGACCGUCGCGGGUAAGAUCAGGGUAUCGGUUCGAGUCGAAUCGGACGGGUCUUUUCUGUACGCGGACGCGCCCGUGAGGUCAAACUCGGUGAGCGCGUCGGCUUCGGAAGUUUUCGGCGUCGGCGCAGACGUGGGUUCAAUUGCGGGAAAAACCACACACUUUUACGUGCAGCUGCGCGACGCCCUCCGCAACCCCGCCUCGCUCGAAGCCGGCGUCAGCCUUCGGGUGACGUUCGCGGCGCUGGGCGGCAGCGACGGCGUUGUGUCGCUCGGAAGCGGCGGGCCGACGGAGGUGGCCGGUGCGCCCGGUCGAUGGAAAGUUCCGUUCGUCGCGGCGAGGUCCACCGCCGGGGACUAUCGCGCCAGCGUCUCCGUGACGUUGUCGGGCGGCGGCGGCGACGUGAUCGGCGGCGGCGCGAAGAGUUUCACCGUCCACGACGGCGGCGGGGCGAUCGAUCCGGCCAAGUCCGUCCUGCUGGACGCGUACGGGGACGAGGCGAACGUCUUGGCCGGCGGCUCGGCGGGAAACGACAUCGUUUUCCACGCGCAACUCAGGGACGAAAACGGCGUCGACGUCGACGACAGGGGCACCGCUCUCGUCGCCGUCACCGUCCUCGGCCUGCCUGCUGACACGGACGGGUCGAGCGCGUCGUCGGUGUCGUCGGAGUGGACGACCGGCGGCCGCGUGACGUUCAAGCUUCGAACCAACGUCGCCGGAGUGUACGCCGUCGCCGCCGAGGUUUGCCCAAAAUCCUCAGACGGGACAACGUGCGACGGCGACGACGACGGAUGGGUCGCGGCGCGGAACGACGGCGCGACCAUCACCGUCGCGCCCGGUGCGCCCAGCGCGAGUGCGAGCGUCGUCGAGUGCGGCGCGUCCCCAUCCGCGGCGAACGCGCCGGCACAGCUGUGCGCGGUGACGUUGAGAGACGCAUUCGGAAACGACGUCGGUUACGCGGGCGACGGCCCGGCGAAGCCUCCGACGGUCAUCGCGCGCCUCGACCCUCCUUUGGGCGUCGGUGCCGCCUUGCCCGUGCGUGCGUGCGAGGUCCGGCCGGACGAGCGCGACGGGACGUUCGUCGUGACGUGCGCUUCAACCGACGUCGGAACGCACUCGCUUCGAACCUAUCUCGACCCGGUUUCGAUCGAGUCCCCGGCGGCGGCCGAGCUCAUCGGCCGGGUCGCUUUGCCGGUGACGGUGACGCACGGGGCGUUCAGCGCCGACAAGUCGCAGAUCUUCCUGCCGAUGAAUCACGCGGUUGGCGAGACGCUCGUGGUUAAGAUCGCCGCCAGAGAUAGGUGGAGUAACGCGUACGCGGCGCGUGAUGUCGCGUUCAGCGCGACGGUGACCCCGAAAGGUGGAGGUUCGACUUUCACGACGGCGUCGUCGUCGUCGUCGUCCCCGACGGGCGCCGCGAUGGACGACGACGGUCGAUUCGUCGUCGCGUUCCCGCCGGGCUCCACCGCGGCGGUGGGUAGAUACGACGUCGACGUGUUUCAUUCCCCGGGCGGCGCGCGCGUUGGGUCGCGAACGUCGUUGAACGUCGUCGCGGGCAACGCCGUCGGAAUGAAUUCGAAAAUCAAACCGUCCGGAUCGUCCUCCGUCGCGCGAGCCAGUUGGACCGACACGUUCGGCCUGGUCAUCGACGCGAGGGACGCGAGGGGUAACGCCGUGACCGACCCUGGUGUCGCCUUGAAGACGACGGUGACGGCGACGGUGGAGCCGCUGAAGGGUUUCGAGGCGUGGGUCGGCGAAGACGUCGCGACUCGACGGGUGGACGCCUCUUUCCGAUCCGGCUUUAUCCCCCGCGUCCCGGGGACGUACUCCGUCACGGCGACGUUUCCCGGCGGAACCGUCACGUCACCGCACGUGGUGCGCGUGCACCUCGCUCCCGCGCCCCGGCUGGUGCGGGCGACGAUGGCGGACUCGCUCGGAUCGAUCGACGUACGCUUCGACGCCGCGACGGACCGGGCUUUGAGCGGCGGCGGCGACGCGGCUGGCGGGGACACGGCUGGCGGCUCGUGCGCCGGCGUCCUUUCCGACGAAACUGUUCGAAUUCUGGGCACCGGCGCCCACUGCGCGUGGUCUAACGACUUCGUCCUCACGAUUUACACGGGCAAAGACCCGAUCGCGAUGCCCCGAACGGCGUUGAGCGUCGCGGAUCGGAUCGAGCUGAGACCCGGGGUUGUCCGCGCGAAGCUCGGGGCGAGUCUCGCCGCCUUUGGUUCAACGGAGAUUGAACCGCCGUUGAAUCCCCUGACCGUGGACGCGCACCUGGUGGGUCCGACCACGAUCGGGGCGUGCGACCCCGCCCUGUUCACCGCGUCCUCGUCCACCGGCGCGGGCGGACGGCCGAUGAGGUUCGAGUUCCGCGUGACGUCCGAAUACGACGCCGGGAAGAUUUUGGGCAGGAUCCGGUCGCUUCCGGCGAAUAUGAGCUCGUCCGAGCUGGCACUUCGCGCGGACGAUCUCGAGCCCGGCGGUGUGUACGCGAUCGUCGUGGAGGUGACGAACUUCCUCGGCGCCACGUCAGCAGCCACGGUGACGGCGAUCAAGUCCACCGCGCCGGCGCCAAUCGUCGCAAUCGAGGGACCGCGGAUUGUGCGGACCACCCCCGGCGCAUCGCUCGAGUUCACCGCGCUCGCGAGGCUUCCCAGCGGGUCGUGCCUGCGCCAUCCAUCCGUCGCGAGUAAGAUUGGCACGAGGAUCACGUACGCGUGGACGCUGGUCGACGGCCCGAGCCUCGACUUUGGGGCGGGAACCCUCGCUCGGACGUCGGAGACGCCGAGGCUGUACGUGGAACCCCGAACCCUCCAAUUCGGCUCUACCUACGUGUUCCGGGUGGAGGCGAAGUUGGCGGCGGCGCAGUUCCACCGCGCGUCCGACACGGUGACCGUGAAGGUGGGUCACGACUCCAUCGAUGAUUCGCUCGUGCUCGGCCCGUCGUCGUCGCCCUCGGGCGCGGCGCUGGAGCUGCUCGCGCUCAACCGCGAUCCGAUGCUGGCGGAUUCGGCGGCGAGCGAGUACCCGUGGUCGCACCGGUGGGAGUGCUGGGUUUUCCGGGGUCACGACGACGCGCGGGGGGAGGCGUGCCCCGCCGCCAUCGAGUCGCACCUGUUCGUCGACGCCGAUCGCCUCGUCGUUCCGGCAGGCAUCCUCACCGCGGAAACAACCGACGCCAGAUUCGAGUUUGCCUACACGGCGGCGAGAGAGCCGACGGUUCCAUUAACGGGGGAUUCAUCAAACGUGGCGCGACGAAAGACGACUAAAAAGACGGUCCACGUGUCCGCCACCCCCACGCUGAGCACCCGCGCCAGGUUCACGUCGCGCGUCCCCGGUGUGAUCACGCCGUCGGAGCAGACGGCGUUUUACUGCGACGUAAUCGGAGAGACGUCUGACGCGUCCGACGUUUCUUUCCGAUGGUCCGUCGUGGGAAAGCCGAGCGGGUUCAUCGACGCCGCGCUGGAUCGGUCCGUCGGAGGCGCCGACUCGCGCACGAUCGUCGUGGCGCCCGGCGCCUUUAACCCCGGCGAGGAGUACACGCUUCGAUGCGACGCGAUCGACGUGAAAACGGGAGCGAGGGGUUUCGCCGAGUGCGUCGCUCGGGUCAACGCGCCGCCGACGGGCGGAAUCGCCGUCCUGACGAGCGACUCGCCACUGGCGCCGGUCGAGCUCGUCGAUACCCUCGCGGUGCUCGCGACGGGAUGGACGGACCCGGACGGGGGCGUGCGUUACCAGCUCACGCGCGCGCCGGCGGGGGCGGAAUCGGCCAGAGGAAUCGUUCCCGACGACGACGACACGGUCCUUGUCACCGGCGGGGCGAGCGGCCGAGCGCUCAUCCGUUUCACGCUCCCCGCGGGGACGCACGGGCUGUACCUGCGCGUGAGCGAUGCGAUCGGCGCGUCGACGAUCGUGCCCGUCACCUUGACCGACGGCGUGACGCCGGCGGAGGUGACGGCGCAGGAGAUGCCGGAGGCGUCCCCCUCCGACGGGCGAAGAAGGCGAAUUUUGCAGGCGAGCUCGGGCGCGGCGGCGAUGGCGGCGCGAGCAUGGGACCCGGCCGCGGGCACCGGCGACUCGGACGCGGCGUACGCGUUCAUCCACGCCUUUUCCCGCGCGUACGGCGGCGAUCCGAAGGCGAAGGCGUCGUGCGAUCCGAAGGAGGCGUCAACUGCAAACGCUGCGACGACGGCGACAAAGACCCGCGUGCUCGUCGAGUUGAAAGCCCUCGCCGCCGGCGCCGUCCCGGCGGCGGGAGCUACCCGGCAACUCGCGUGCGCGCUGGGUGCGGGGAUUCUUCACGCAGUCGGUGAAGUUAGCGACGCCGCGCGCGAUGCCGUGGACGACGCGCUCGUCGCCGGUAAGCUCCGUUGGAUGCUCGACGCGUCCGACUCGGGCGGUGACUGGUCGGGCGGUGACUGGUCGGGCGGCGGGGCGAACGUGUUGACGACGGCGGCGGCGCGAUGCGCGCACUCCGUCGCGACGCGGAUGCUCGCGGUCGCCCGGUGUAACGCGCCAAGGCCCGACGAGGCGAAGCUGCGCGCGGCGCACGACGCGUUUAUACUCGUCGGUACCCUCGUCGCGAGGGGAGGGGGUCGGAUACCGGGGCAGUCGCAGCUCAAGCUCGCGCCGUCGAGCGGCGACCCCGCGGUGUACGUCCACUCGCAGCGCGCGUCAGCCGCGGGCGUCGUCAACGGCACCACGCCCAAGUUUGACCACCCCGCGGGUCUCGUGGGUAAGACGCACGCGCAGAUCGACUCGUCCAGGGACGUCGGGAGUGGAGUUUUGUACGACGCCACCGGCUUUGUGGAUGGCGCGUUUAAGUUUGCCGUCAACGUCACGCGUCCGGAUUUGUCCGACGAAACGGUUCGAAACGGUUGGUUCGCGGACCCGGACGGCGCGCUGGUGGACGUCGUCGCGUUCAUGUACGACGACGGGUGGGCUCCGUUCGACAUCGACGCCUCGAUGGAGUCCGAGCUGAACGCGCGCGACGGGGUGAAGGGCGCGUUUGGCGGAUUGGUCUUUGGCGUGACGGGCAGCUGGGUCGACGUCGGGGCGGGGCGACGGGAGACGGCGCGGACCUCCGCCAUAUUCGGGGUGGACCAGGCCCGGACCCUCGCGGCGAAGAGGAACUUGACGGACCCGAACACCCACCUCGGCGCGCGGUGGUACGACGAGGUACGACGCGAAUGGACCGCGGGCGAGGACGUCGCGGGCACCGGCGUCUUUGUGUACACGUCGGAGCCCGCGUUGCUGUUGUUUGCUCGCGACGCGGGGGCGGGGCUGGGGUUCUCGUUCUACGCGGAGAGCAGCAUCGCGCCGCCGCCCUCGCCGCCCUCGCCGCCGCCCUUGCCGAGCCCGCCCCCGUUCGAGGGAGCGGUGGGGGGCGGCGACGGCGGCGGCGGCGGCGGCGGCGGGUUGCCCUCGAUUUAUUCCCCCGUGGGUCUGCUCGCGUCCAUCAUCGGCGGCUCCCUGGCUCUCUACGGCGCGGUUCGGUUCUACUUCAAGUUCAGGUCGCAGCUCUUCAAGGCUCGAGCCGCGAAGGACGACGAUCCUCUCCUGGCGGAGGAUAUCGAGGAGGAAGACGACGCGGGAUCACCCAAGAAAUGGAGGGUUCUGUCAGACGACGACGACGAGGAUGACGAAAACUUGCCCGAGGACGAGAAGGCGCUCCGGAGCAUUCUCGACGCCAAGUCGCCCGGUUCCCCCGAAUCCCCGUCCAACGACGAUAAGUACGCGUCGGCCAGUGUGGUGGUGGCCGUGGAGGACGAGUUCGCCCACGACGAGUACAUGUAG